GAACUCUGUGACGUAAGAAGGGUCAUAGGUCACGUGCCAUGCCGUGCAGCUAAGCAACAUGUCCAACGUGGGAGUUUGAAUUAUUGAGAUAUUAAUCUGAUUCCAAAUCGCAAGAUACUGUACAGUUGUAAACGAUCAUGUCGGACCUCAAGAUUAAUACGAAGUUUGCAGAAAAAUAUGAGAAAUAUCGUCAGAAGGAAGAACUACAGAGACUGAAGGAUCGCUAUGGAGACCAAGAUGAGGAGAAUUCCUCUGAGUCCUCCAACUCUGACUCAGAUGAGAGUGAAGUGGAGCUGGACCCAAAGCUGGACAGAGAUUUUUACAGAACGCUGUCACUGCUGAAGAAGAAAGAUCCAAAGAUCUAUCAGAAAAAUGCCAAAUUCUACACAGAAGAGACAUCUGGAUCAGGCAGCGAUGAUCAACCGUCCACUUCAAAAAAGUCCGAGAAACCCAUGUUCCUGAAGGACUACGAGAGGAAAGUCAUCCUGGAGAGAGGAGGAAAAUAUGAUGAUGAUGACGAUGAGGAUGACAGUGCUGAUGAAGAAGUCUCCAGAAUGAUGCAGAAGAGAGCUGCAUCUCCCACCUACAUCCAACAACAGAAGGAACUACAGGAAAGUUUUCGAAAGUUUGUGCAAGACAGUGAUGAAGAGGACAGCGACGGAGGCAGACAGCUGCUGACACGGAGAACCAAAACACAAGAGGAGAAGGACAAAGAGGAAGCCGACUAUGUGGAAUGGCUGAAGGGUCAGGCGGAGCUGGAGGGGGAGGAGGAAGUUAAGGACAUGAAAUACCUGCGCGACUACUGGAACAACCCCGAGCUGGAUGAGAGAGAGUCUUUCCUGCGAGAUUACAUGCUCAACAAGGGCUACCUGGAGGAGGAUGAAAAUAGGGUCCCCACCUAUAAUGAGCUGAUGCAGGAUGAUGUGGAUGACUCAGAGGAUGAAGGAGAAUCAUUCUUGCAUAAACAGGAAGACUUUGAGAGGCAUUACAACUUCCGCUUUGAGGAGCCUGAUGCUGGAAAGAUCAAAACAUAUCCUCGCAACAUCGCCACAUCUGUCCGAAGCAAAGAUGACAGUAGGAAAAGGAAGAGGGAGGAGGUGAAAGAGAGGAAGAAAAAGGAGAAGGAACAGAAACAGCAGCAGCUGAAGGAACUGAAGAACCUGAAGCGAGCAGAGAUCAUGGACAAACUGAAGAAACUGCAGGAGCUGACAGGAAAUGAGAAGCUGGCUUUCAAUGACGUUGACCUGGAGGGAGACUUUGACCCCCAGCAACACGACCAACUCAUGCAGAAGUUCUUUGGAGAUGAAUACUAUGGAGAGAACGAGGAAGAAAAACCACAGUUUGAUGAUGAUGAUGAUUUGGCAGAAAAUUGGAACUGGGACACAUGGGUCGGUAAUGAAGAAAAUGAGGACGACUAUGGAGAUGAGGAAGAUUAUGCUGCGGAGGAUGAGCCCUACUGUGAAGAUCCUGACUUUAUAAUGGAUGCGGAGUAUGACCAAAGUCAACAGCCUGUUUCUAAAAAGAAGAGAAAGAAAGAGAGACAGGAGAAGAAAAAGAAGACCAAAGAGGACGCCCCUCAAAUGGGAAAGAAGAGAAAGAAGUCCCACUUUGCAGAGAUCAUCACCAAAAACAAGCCAGUCUUUGAUCCAAAGGAGAAAACCUUUGAGCAGUAUCUGGAUGAGUACUAUAAACUGGAUUAUGAGGAUGUCAUCGAUGACUUGCCCUGCAGAUUCCGCUAUAGAGAAGUUGUACAGAAUGACUUCGGUCUGACCACUGACGAGAUCCUGAAAGCAGAUGAAAGUGAGUUGAACCGCUGGUGCUCGUUGAGGAAGACCUGCAUGUACAGGUCAGAGAGAGAGGAGCUAUGUGACGUGAAGAACUUCCAGAUCAAAGCACGGAAUAACAAGAAGAAAGAGCAAGUGUUUGUGUCUUUGUAUAAUGAGAACGAAGGUGAGGAGGAGCUGAAGGAGCCCAAGGGGAAGGUGGGCAAGAAGAGAAGGGAUCGUCUAAAGAAGUCUGACGUCAAUAUAGAGAAGAGAGAUCUGACAGAAGAUGCAUCUGAAAGCGCUGUAGUUGACGGCUUAGGCCAAACAGACCUCAAAGAAGUCGCUGUACAGGAUGAAGGGGAGGAUGACAAGGAGUUCCUGGUUCCUAAGAAAAAGGUGAAGCGGGAGGAGACUGCUGUAACUCCGAAAGAGGAGCUGGCCAAGGAAAGGACUGAAAAACCUCAACGGCCUAAAAAGAAAAUGAGGCCCCGAGGUGGACGCCUACUUUCCAGGUCCAUGACGGUGAAGAUGGCUGGAACAGAGUUCAGCAGACAGAGACUCCAGGCCUACGGGCUGAAUCCAAAGAGACUCCACUUCAGAGAGCUGUACAGACAGAAGAGAAAAGAGCGGGAGAAAAAGGAAAAGCAGCAGAAAAAGAGCAAACAGUGAUGCUUAAAGUAAACCAUUUUGAGUAUGUGUUUGGCAUAUUGAACAUUUGUUCCCGAGGGACCAGAAAGCACAAAAUAAUAGCUUUCUAAUUUUCUAAUACAUAGCUUGAAUCUCGAAAGUUUCUGGUUCACCAUUGUUUCAUGAAUAUGAAUUUUAUCUGUGUUCUUAAAAAAUAAAAAGAGGAGUUAUAGUAGAAAUAAAGAA